AACGUGUAUUUUUUCGAAAUUAAGUAAUUAAAAAGCAUCUUAAACAGUAAAAUAGUUUUAGAUUAUAUUCUAUAAUGCAUAAUUCCUGCCAUAUUUAACUUACGCGUUUAUAUCUUCUUGUGAAAGCAAAACACUUUAAUGUAUUUGAAUUGUCGCGAUUUAAAAUAAUAAUAAUAAUAACAUAUUGUACCCUAGUGUUUCUCUAACAGUAGCGUAAGGUGCUUUUUCCAUUUAGUGAAUGUGUGAAAGCAUUAAUAUUCAAUAUAUAAACAUUUAAACUUUAAUUUAACGUUCUAUGGCACCACGCUUUUUUUCUGACUAUUAUGUGUGUUAACAUAAUUACAUACACAUGCCGAGUUUGCAAACUCUAAUUCCCGUGUGCAGAAUAACCCUCUAGAUUGCGUUUUAUUACUUUUUUAUAGUGUCAACCCAGCCCCCUCUUAUUUUCGCUAUUUGCUGGAUUUUAUUGUUAGCUAUGAGUCUUUAAAUUACAUAAUUAAUCCCUGUACUUUCAUUAUUUUUGAGUUAAUAAGAUACCAGUUGUUAAAUUUGUAUUAACAAUUCUAAGAUACAGCCUUCAUAGUCUUUUAUCUUGCACUGAAUAAAUAAGAUAGGCCUUUUGUAUGUCAUCGCAUUGUUCUUAAAAGUCACCCACAAAACAGUCCAAUGCCAUUGAAUAUAUACUAAUGGUCUGUUUCUAAUGAAGUAAAGAUUAUGCAUUGUUGUUUUUCAUUGCUCAAAAUGGAAGAUAAAGACAGAUGAAUAAGUUUUGAAUAGGGCAUCACAUGACCCGUGUCAGUCUUUGUUUGCAGGGGUCUGCCUCUCCCCACCCAAAUUCUUUGUGACUUCAACUGAAGGUAACUGAACCCCUCCUCCUUGAACACAGACAAGCUGUGAAACAAACUUGAAAAGGAAGCAGACAACUUAGCCAUGAGAAUCUUCGUCUGCUAUAGAGGCUCCUGGGAGACGUUCGAUGUACCCAGGGAUCAGUCUGUAGGGACAAUGAAGCAACUAGUAAAGGAUGCUUUUCUGGUGAGCCUGCUCGAUGAUGCUCAUUACAUGGAGCUCAAUUAUGCUGGAGCAGCUAUGCAGGACAGUUGGACCCUUUGUGACGUGGGUAUUACCAGUGGAAGCCUAAUCAAAUGUCUCAUAAAGAGCGAACAGAAGCCGGUGCUGUUUGUGUUCAAUGUUGUGACAAAGGACAUGUUACCAGUCCUGAGAAGUGAGAGUCUGAUGAGCAUGUCUGUGGCCGAAUUGAAAAGCAUCAUAUCAGAGAAGACGAAUCUUCCUGUCAGCAUCUUCAGACUCACAACAAGCAGUAAUGUUCAGCUCUAUGACUGCAACACACUUCAAGACUAUGGCAUCAAGGAAGGCGCUGUUCUUUAUCUGGACACUUGGGAUGGGUGGGUGGAGUUCCUUCAGGGCUGCCUUCUUGGCAACAAGACCACAGUUCUGAGUCAUUUUUCACAACAAAAGCUUGUGAUCAGAUUUCAGCAGCGAGUGGCGCUCUACAUCGCCUCUUCACUUGGCCACCUGGACCUGGCUUGCUGGCUGCUGGAAAGGAGGGUGCAUGUCGAUGAACCCGUGGGAGUUCAUCCGUCUCGUCAAUGGUGCCACCGAGCUGCCCACAGUGAGAGCAGAAAGUGCCCCGUCCAUGUUGCUGCAGAGCGAGGUCAACUCCUCAUCCUCAAACUCUUCAUCACUAAGGACAUUUUGGCCUUGACUUGUCAAGACCCACAAGGUCGUGAUGCCUUAAAGAUUGCCAUUCAGAAUAGACAUGUGGCAUGCGUGUGCUUCUUAGCUGAAAAACUCUGCUCAGUCGCUUCCUUCUGGAACAUCUCACUGCCCAUGCGAGUCUACCUCAGGGUCAAACUGUGGAUCCGACUGAGUCAGAGACGCACAGCUUCUGCUCAGUGUCAAAACAACCUCCCCAGCAGGUUGGUGGAAGGGUGUUUGGUUGAUGGUUAUAACCAUUCUAACAUGUCGUCUAAACUCAAAGGCAAAGAGAUAAAAACACAAAAAGCACAGAACGACUCCUUCUUCACUGAGGUCCACAACAUAAGGCCAAGUAGAGGUGAUGUCCUCAAGACGAAAUCUAGACAUGAAAACACCAUCAUAUACAAAGAAAAGCUUCCCCCCAUCCAACAAUCUUCAAUGAGUGAAGUGUUAGUUGGUGCGCCUUUGAAAUCCUCCAUCAUCCAUCCUAUACUCAUCACCAACCAAACUAAAAGCACACCAAGAGAAAAUGCAGUCUACUACAUGACACUAGCCAGCCACUUCACAGAGAAGCCUUGGGCAAAGCAGUUGAAGAUUGCAAGGACACUGGCCAAAAAGCACAUCAAGACCUGACUUGACACUCAAAAAGCCCAACACCACAAAGCCUCAUCCUGGAUAUCUGUUCCCAUCCAGUCUGGAUGAUUUAAAAUGUAGAUUACAAAGGAAGAAAUUACUCCUCAUCUUGUUAUAUUCCGCGUUAGCACAUCAUUUUGGAGGUUAUGCAUAGAUUAGCUUUUGCUGAUAACAACAAUGGAAAUGUAUAUGCAUGUUUCCGACGGAUAAAUGAA